GUGUUAUGAAAUUAAAACAUGUAUAUUCAACUGUUUUAGAACUCCAGGGACCAAAAGAUUCUCCAUAUGAAAAUGGAAUUUUCAAAUUGCAGAUAGAAUUGCCAGUGAAGUAUCCAUUUGAACCUCCUAGAGUAACAUUCAUAACACCUGUUUAUCAUCCAAACAUAGACAGUGGCGGCAGAAUCUGUUUGGACAUUUUGAAAAUGCCUCCAUCUGGUGCAUGGAAACCAUUGAUUAACAUCGAAGGUGUAUUGGUUGCGAUAUGCAAUCUAAUGAACUGUCCAAACCCUAAUGAUCCGCUGGUACUGGACAUUGCAAAAGAAUUUAAGAAUGAUAAAGAAACAUUUGAAUCCAAAGCUAAACACUAUACCAAAGAACAUGCUACUUUAGUCACUUUAGUAUGAUUAUAUUUUAAUUUAAUACAUAUCUAAUAUUAUUCUAUUGUUUUAUAAGAUAAUUAUACUUAUAAUUAUACUUCAGCCAACUAAACUACUAGCUAGUAAAUUUCCAACUUUAUACACUUUUCUUUAUUAAUUAUUCAUAUUGAUUUAAGAUUGGCUAGUUAAGAACUAUUAAACGCCGAAAGAAGUUCAUUAACAUAUUUGAAAGUAUUAUUGUAACCUAUGUACAAACUAUUAUAAUUGUACAUUAUUAUUAUUGUUAUUUAUUGAGUUAUUUAUAUCAUACUCUUUAUAUUAGUUUGUUUAUAACAGUUAAAUGUGCAAUAAAAAUACAAUCUAAAAUGUACUAACAUUUUGUAAAGAA